AUGACCGUCGCCAGCGAGUUUGAAGUUGCCAACCAGCAGUAUGUUGCUGGCUUCGACAAGGCCGACCUGCCUAUGCCUCCUGGGCGAAAAGUCUUUGUUCUGACUUGUAUGGAUGCUCGUCUGGACCCAGCCAAGUUCCUCGGCCUGGAAGAGGGCCACGCCCACGUCUACCGCAAUGCCGGAGGUCGAGCUGCCGAGGCCCUGCGCUCCUUGAUUAUUUCACAGCAAGCCCUGGGAACCCGGGAAGUCGUCGUUAUCCACCACACCGAUUGCGGUAUGCUUCUCAUCAAGGAGGAAGAAUUCCGCGACGCCGUCAAGACGAACACAGGCGAAGAUGUCAGCCACGUUUCGUUUUUGCCCAUCAAGGAUCUGCAGGAGAGCGUCAAGAACGACGUCCAGUUUCUGAGGAAGAAUGCCGCGAUUUUGGACGUGCCCAUUUCGGGCUACAUUUUUGAUGUCAAGACGGGCAAGAUUAACAAGGUUGAGGUUUGA